GCACGCGAACCCUGUGUGCGCGAGCGAGCGUCGUGCGCACACCGACACUUCCCGCCGGCUCGGCCCCGCCUGCCAGCCUGUGCCUCGCGCUGCCCCCACCCACCACACCGCGUCUCGGCGUCUCCUUCGGCUCGGCUGGGUUCUUCUCUCUCUUCACUUAUAAGCAAGCUCUCUCUCAUACCUCACUCCUCUGCUUUCCCUCUCUACAAAGUAAAAAGAGAGAGAGAGACGAAAAGAAAGGCUCACACCACCCACCUCCACCAACAAAUCGAGCUAAGUUUAGCAGAGGGCUAGAGGUAGAGAGAAACACAAGCCCAAAAACCAACACGGCGGCGGCGGCAGCUCGAUCGAUCUAGAGGUAGCAGAGGCAGCUCGCAGGCAUGGGCGCGCCGGUGCACGGCGCUCUUCUCUUUCUCGUUCUGCUGCUGGCGGGGGCGGCGGCGGCCGAGGAGACAUCGCCGCAGGAACCCGCAUUGCCCUCCGCCGGCGCCGGCGCCGGUGCGGCGGCGGGGAUCAACUCCAACUCGGUGCUGGUGGCGCUGCUGGACUCGCACUACACGGAGCUGGCGGAGCUGGUGGAGAAGGCCCUGCUGCUGCAGACGCUCGAGGACGCCGUCGGCAAGCACAACGUCACCAUCUUCGCUCCGCGGAACGAGGCGCUGGAGCGGGACCUCGACCCGGAGUUCAAGCGCUUCCUGCUCGAGCCCCGCAACCUCAAAUCGCUCCAGGCCCUGCUCCUCUACCACGUCCUCCCCUCGCGGCUCCCAUCGGCCUCGUGGCCCGCCGCCUCUCACCCCACGCUCUCCGGCGACGAGGUCGAGCUCGCCGCGGCCGGCGACGGCGCCAUGCGCGUCGGCCACGCCGCCGUCACGCGCCCGGACGCGGUGCUCAGGCCGGACGGAGUCAUCCACGGCAUCGAGCGCCUCCUCGUGCCGCGCUCUGUGCAGGAGGACUUCAACCGCCGCCGCAGCCUCGCCGCGAUCUCGGCCGUGCUGCCCACGGGCGCACCCGAGGUGGACCCGAGGACGCACCGCCUCAAGAAGCCCGCACCGCCGGUGCCCCCCGGCGCGCCCCCCGUGCUGCCGAUCUGGGACGCCAUGGCGCCCGGCCCAUCCAUCGCGCCCGCGCCCGCGCCCGGCCCCGGGUCCGGAAAGCACCACUUCGACGGGCACAGCCAGGUGAAGGACUUCAUCCAGACCCUGCUCCUGUACGGCGGCUACAACGAGCUUGCCGACAUCCUCGUCAACCUCACCUCGCUCGCCACCGAGAUGGGCCGCCUCGUCUCCGAGGGGUACGUGCUCACAGUGCUCGCGCCCAACGACGAGGCCAUGGCGCGCCUCACCACGGACCAGCUCAGCGAGCCAGGCUCGCCGGAGAACAUCCUCUACUACCACAUGAUCCCGGAGUACCAGACCGAGGAGUCCAUGUACAACGCCGUGCGGCGGUUCGGCAAGGUUCGGUACGACACGCUGCGGCUGCCGCACAAGGUGGUGGCGCGGGAGGCCGACGGCUCCGUCAAGUUCGGGCAGGGCGAGGGCUCGGCCUACCUCUUCGACCCGGACAUCUACACCGACGGUAGGAUCUCCGUGCAGGGCAUUGACGCCGUGCUGCUCCCGCCGGACGACACCAAGGCGGCGCCGACCGGCGCCCCCGACAGGAAGCCUCCCGCCGUCACCAGCACCAAGAAGAAGAGCAAGCUCCGGCGAGGCAAAUUGUUAGAAGCAACAUGCCAAAUGGCUGGCAUCCUUGGUCAGCGAUCGCGAUUCGCAAGCUGCCAGUAAACAGGAGAAGGAUUGAUCUUCAUGACACUGAAAGAUGAGCUGAAAUGAAGUGAUGGACUGUGCUGGAGCCGUCCACAUUAUUAUUGUUCUUUUUUUUGUUUAUUGAUAAUAAUAAUGAAUCAGGUGGGAAUGUAAACUCGGUGGUUGUUGGUAUGUCCAGAAAAAAAAACAGAACAAUUGUUCAUACAUGAAGAAGACCAAGAUCGUCUGUGUAUAGGAAUUAAACGUUUUGUAUUUUGUUUCGUCA